GGCGUCGAGCUAGAACACCUGCGCCCCCGUCUCGUCCGUGUUUCUAGCGCGGAACGAAGAGCGCUGUCCCCUUCCACCAAAUUCGAUUCAAAAUUCCAUUAAUUUUACAUCUUCUCCGUGACCUCUGGCGGGAAGGCCCGCUUAAAAAUACAAUAGUGGGGUUUUUUUACAGGCUGUCCUUCAAUUCCUCAUACAUGAAUAAACUUACUAAGCAGACGUUAGAUGAGUAUUUUAUAUUUUAUGGUUCUGUAAUUUAUUCUUAAUUUUUGUGAUUAAUUCUUAGUCGUGGCGCUGCCUGUUUCGACCAGGACGCUUCUGUAGCAGAGAUUUUUAAUCUCGGUGAGACUUUCCCUGAGCAGACCGAUAAAUAAAUAAAUAAAAUAAAAUAAAAGCGGUGUUUUUAAAACGGAUAUAUUUCUCCAUUUGUAGCAAGAGCGUUUGCCAUCUUACGCCAAAUUCUAUUCAAAAUUCUAGCAGUUUAACAUCGCCCCCGUUGUCUGCUGUUGUGCAAACCUGCUAGGAAAGAAAAAUGACCCGUUUUUUGAAGCCCAGUCUUCCUUAAAUUCUGCAAACAAAAACGACUCAUCAAACACUAUGUACUAAGAUAAGUACAAUAGAUGGACAGUGAUUUUAUUUAUGUAUUUAUUUAUUUUUUGGGGGGAGGGGGGCCUCUUCAGUAACAUGAUUUGGUUUAUUACACAUGUAAGGUACAGGUGAGGUGGUGAUGAGAAACACUAGAGUGUAAUGUAAAGCACCUGUUCUUUCACCUGGUUAUUCAAAAUUCUUGCAAUUUUACAUUUAGUCCGUCUCCCUCCGGGAUGGAUGGAUGGAUGGAUGGAUUCUCCAGCUGUGAAACGGAGAAAGCUUUCACUUUAAACCAACUUCUACUGGAAAUUCUAGUCGGUUUUCAGUUCUGCAUACCACUCACCCCGUUAGCACAUUUUAAAACAGGAACUGGUUGCACAACACUUUUGCCCUCACAGGUGGGGGGGGUGUUAUGUAAUAAGGGGAAUGAGAUAACAGAGGAUAUUAAAAUAACACAACACAAUACAAUAACAACACAGUCGCUUUUGGUAGUAAAGAAGAAUGUGCGUGUUAUUCCCACAGAGCUUUACUAACGGUCCUUCCGUUAAAGCUGAGUGUCUGGUUCGAACCAAGUUACUGUCAUGAAACAUCACAUUUGAUUUACCCCUUCAGACGUGACUGUUUUCCGCACAAACGAUUUUUCCCAGUUUUCCUAUGUCUCCCUCGUAGAAAUGAGGCUAAAUCAAAACUUUCAUGACAAGCAGUCAUGCUUUUAUUACAUUUUUUCCCCCUCAGCUUUACUUUGGUGUUUUGACUGAAACUGUGUAAAAUGGUUUGUUUUAACUAUGUACGUUUCAGCCUUACUCAACUUUUAUUGCUGAUUAUUUUCUUGACUAGUUUGUUUAGUUUAUCGAAAAGUCUACAUAGUUUAUUUAAUAAAAUGUCAAACGAUAGUCAAAAAUGUCCAUUCAAAUCCAAGGUCACAUUUUCAAAAGCCUUGUUUUGCCCAAAGAGACUCAGGCAGAAAAAUCCUCACACUGGACAAACUAACGCCGUGGAGUUUUUAGAAUCUUAGAAUCUGGAAAAUCAUGACAACAAUUGAUCAGUUAUCAAUAAAGUUUUUCUAUUAUGAGCUGUUAAGUGAAUCGCCUGUUUGCCAAAUUUAGAAGAAGAACCGUUUGAUCUGUAAAUAGUCUAAGAUCCUCCUUGUUAGGUCUGUGUUUUGUUUUUUAUUAUGAACAUCGUUGUCUUAAAUUGACACAUUUUUGAAUGGAGUCCAUUUUCGUAGGAAAGAGAUGAGUUUCCAGUUAAAUUCCUUUUUUUUUAUUUUUCCUGACAGUAACCUAAAAAUGCUCUAUAGUGAUGAAGAGACAUGAUGACAAUAAUAAUCAUGUUUAUCUGCAGUAAUCUCCGGCUGCAGUCUUGAAGCAGUCGGACAGUGUUGACAGGUUUUAUUUAUUUCCAGGACGGUAUAACCCGGUGCAGAGCUCCGAGGCGAGCAGCGUCUUCCUCCCCUCUCGUCUGGCUGCUGCAGACCUCGUCCAUGUCUGAGCUGUGGGCCUAAAACUAGGCUGAAGGUUGGAUCUGUCCAAUGACCUGCCAGUCCUCCGAGUCCACAGAAACCAUCGAGAGCGACAGACGAGCCGACGACAACUCCAGGGCUGUGGAAUCGGACGAGAGCCGCAUCGCCUUAGCCAUGAAGGACCUCAAGAACACAGGCUGGUACUGGGGCAGUCUGACCGCCAACGAAGCCAAAGAGAUCCUUCAGGACGCCUCGGAGGGCACCUUCCUGGUCCGGGACAGCUCUCAGAGGGAUUAUCUGUUCACCAUCUCCGCCAUGACGUCGGCAGGCCCCACCAACCUGCGCAUCGAGUACAAACACGGUAAAUUCAAGCUGGACUCGGUGGUCCUGGUGAAGCCCAAGCUGAAGCAGUUUGACAGCGUGGUCCACCUGGUGGAGCACUACGUCCAGCUGUCCAGGUCCAGCGACAAGGCGGCGUCGAACUCUCAACCCUCGGCGGCGGCGCCCAACGGCACGGUGCAGCUGCUGCUCACCAGACCCGUGUACACCGCCAUGCCGUCGCUGCAGCACCUGUGUCGCAUCGCCAUCAACAAGACGACGCGGCAGGUCCAGGAUCUGCCGCUGCCCAACCGGCUGAAGGACUACCUGACGGACUACGCCUACAACGUGUAGACACAGGGCGGGACGACAGCUCAGUGUGGGGAAAUACCAGUGCACCGCAUCGGCUGUGUGCGGCGCCUGCCUGACCACUGACCAGUCCCGUCAUCUGCUCCCUCAGGCGCCCGGCAGGUCGGAGGGACGCGCAAUAAUCAGCGGCGAGCCUCCAUCGCCGCGGACUGAGAUUUCCCUCCGCACAGGGGUCGGUGCGGCCCGGCUGGAGGAGGAAAUCGCGGCAGGAUGUCUGGAUGAUUUUUAGCAGGUAUAGUCCCGCGCUGUCAGCUCUGACGCGUACUACGCUGCAGUAUGUAGACGUAUGUGACGGACCGGGUAACGCUGCCCCGUGGUACCCAAACUGUCCGCGAGCAACACGACGCGCCCCCGUUAUCGGCAUCCACGAGCUGCAUUUAAACCCAGAGGGACUUCCUGAUCUCUUUUCAAAUUCAAACUCCAAACCAGACUAACAUGUAAGUACAGUUUUUAUGAGUUCUGGAUCAGCGACUGAGCAAACUUAACGGUCCCCUUUUAUGAAAAACUGCAUUCGAACCAGGGCUGCACCUAGCCAGUGUUUUCAUUAUUGAUUCAUUGUUUUUAUCAAUAAAAAGAACAGAAAAAAGUGAAAGAUGGCAGUUGGAGGUGAUGUCGUCAAAUGUCUUGUUUUGUUUUGUGCAAAACCCAGAGAUAUUUAUAUUUAUUAUAAAUAUAUUUACUGUGACUAGAGAGAAACAAAAACUUGAUGCACUGGAGAAACCGACACCAGAGAAAACCGAGCGUACUUGCUUCAAAAAUCCCUCGAAUCCUCAGUUAAUUAAUUUGUGCUGCUGAGUGAAUCACCUGUUUGCUGAAUUUAACAGAAGAAGCUGUUGAUUUGUUUAAAAAAAAAAAAAAAAAGGCUGAGAUCAGACGACUAUUUGAUUAUCAAGAUUUAAUUUCAGGUAUCGUUGCAGCUCCAACCUGCGCAGACGUGAGUCGACGACCAAACUAACGUCACGACACACGACAGCUGAAAGGACACUUUCUGCUUUAUUUGUGAAUCACUUUUAUAACAAUCGUUACAAAAACCUUCACGAAAAGAAGAAAAGGAGAAAUUCAACACCGCAGCUAAUUACUACUACCAGCGUAAAAUGUGCACAAAUAAGCCUGCGGGUGAUUGGUUACAGUUUACUGACGGCCGACACAAAAAAAAAUUUCCUGCACUGACGUGGAAUCAAACUUGUUUUUCAAAGUGCAUUUCUGUUCGGGCUGCAGCAAGUGAUUGUCGUUAUUAACUAGUCUUAAUUGGUUUAUUAAAUGUCAUAAC